GUCGCUGACAAAUCCUUAGGGUUAUAUCGCUCGUUCACUAUCCUCAAAGUGCUCGGUACAGGACACAGUGGGCGAGUUGCGCUAUGUGACUGGAAAUCCCCCGAGACCUUGCCCCCAAAUACGACUCUGCCUGUCAUGCAAACAGGCAAGGGGGCACGGCGGGAGUGGGCAUCAAAGCGUCUCGUGGCUGUCAAACAGCUCCGCAGGGUAUUCCCAGGCGGCUGGGACGAAUGUCAACUCCUACGGGAACUCCAGAUCCACCGCGAGAUGCCCGUACAUCCCAACAUCAUCUCGCUGUACGAUUUUUUCCUCAGCACAGAUACGAAAACUCUGUAUCUGGUGCUGGAGCCUAUGGAGGGUAACCUGCAGCACCUCAUCAAGGCUCGAAAAGGCCGUCCGUUUGCAGGAGGACUCGUGGCCUCCAUCUUCUUCCAGAUGGUAUCUGGUAUCGGCCACAUGCAUUCCCUAAAUUAUUUCCACCGCGACCUUAUGCCGGAAAACAUCCUCGUGAGCACUACCGGGUUAUUCUCCUACCGCCCCGUCGUCGCCGCCACCAGCGGCCGCGAGACGGAGGUGGAUAUUGUCGCGAUAGUCAAAAUCGGCGACUUUGGCUUGUCGCGUGCCGUGGAUUCUAGGCAGGUGUAUACGGAAUAUGUUGGUGUGCGUUGGUAUAGGGCGCCUGAAGUACUGCUGAUGGGCGCAGACUACUCUACGUCCCUUGAUAUGUGGUCAUUGGGAGUGAUUAUGGCAGAGCUGUUGUUGCUUAAGCCCAUGUUUCCUGGUAUGACCCAGCUGGACCAGAUUGACAAGGUCAUUUCGAUCAUGGGGGACCCAAUGAAUGACUAUGGACGUGAUUCUUUUGGUGACCCUAUUGGUGGCGGGCCGUGGCCUGAUGGUGUGGAACUUUGUCGCUCGCGAGGAUUUAGGUUUCCGCAGGUCCGCCCCAAAGAUCUUCAUACGUACUUCUCAAGAAGGGUACCACCGACGUUGAUUCAAUGUAUAGGGCAGCUGCUUCGGUACGACGCUGAAGAACGACUUACGGCUCUAGAAUGCCUGGAGCAUUCAUAUUUCCGACAAACCAUGCCAUUGAACGAUAUUCCAGACCUCUCUGCACCUCAUUUAUUCUCCGGGAGUACGUAG